GCCCCUCUCUCUCUCUCUCUCUCUCUCUCUCUCUCUCUCAGACGACGUCGGCUUGCGGCGAUCGACAAUGUUCGAGAACAUGCCGAAAACCAGGUUCUUCCCUGCCAUGACAUCCAAAGACGACCUUCCUAUAUCUCAGAAACAUCAAAGGGAUACCGUCAAUAACAACAAUGACGACGACGCCAGCGACAAGAAAAAUGACAACCACCUCAUCGGCCUGCGAAAGAGGCUGUCCUCUUUCUCCGUCAAGAUCCGGCCGACAUCGUCCGCCUCGGCCGAAUGGGCCUUUCGGAGGACCAAGUCGAUGACCUCCAUCACAGAGCUCGCCGGCGGGCCGCUGCGGCGGUGGUGGGACUGGGGGCUGGGCUGGAUCCUCUCGCGGAGGCAAGCCUUCGCCCGCGACAUUGAGAUGAACGAGGAGGAGACCGCGAUUCUCAGCUGCCACAGCCGGGGAAGCUGGCGCCACCUCUUCUACAAGGUGCGCGCAGAGAUUCGGAAGCUCAUCGGCUCGAACACGUUGCCCACCACUCACAAUUUUAGUACUUUGAUUUUUGUGAGGACCCGAAUUGGGGAGUCGGUGAUCGCCAAAGUUUACCGGAUGAAUCCUGAUCCGCAACAACGAGAGAAGCGAGGCCACAGACAAAACAAAACAGACUCCUGGUGUGGGGCUGAGGAACUCGGUUUUUCAGGCAAGCGAGAGAAAUUGAGAGGCCAACACCACUACGGCCCAGCGGCCCAAGUGUGGAAAGGACUCUGUCUUUGCUGUACAUUAUUAAUCGAUAUGAGGAGACGAUCGAUUUUAUUCGAUUUCUCUCUCUCUUUUAGUUGGACCUCAAUCCUCAAUGAAGCAAACAAUCGUGAGUUUCCCAAUGAUCCCAUUCUGAUCAGAGAAGAAAGGGAAAACAGUAAAUAAUUCUUUUUUA